ACGCUCUAUAUUACUUCUUGACCAUACGCCUUUACUCCUUACCCCCCCGGAAGACCAAUAUGGUUCGCGCCAAUACCCGUCCUGGAACUCCCUUUGGCAGAAUCUACCUUGUCUCCCUCAAAGUCUUGCUCGUCUUCUUCGCCUUAUGCGGUCUUGCCCUCUUCGUCCUCAACACCAUCACCACCCACAAGCUCAGAAGGUGUACAGACUUCGACUCCAAGAACUCCAGUGGCGAUUGCAUUCAUUCUAGCUGGGCCCCUUAUGUUGCGCUCGCAGUCACUACCUUUCUCUCGGCGACUUGUGCCUUCGCAAUCCUCAUUUACUACUUCCACCUCCCUGAACAGGCGAAACCCCGUAUGCCAUACGACACUUUCCGUGUCGUGACAUUCGUUGUCCUCAUCUCAGUGCCCGCUUUCGUCUUCGGAUGGAAAAAAGAAGGCAUUUUUCUGAAGCAUGUCAAACCGGAGACCUCAAGUAUGACGAGGGUGACACUCAUCUUCAAUCACAUCAAUGUGUCAGGCGUCUCUUUGAACCCUCGGCAGAUGACCACAUUCACUAACCUUCACUAGGUUUGUUGGCGUCUUAAUUGCCCUAGGAGCACUGAUCCUGGCCUUGCUAUGGCGGAAUCUGCAACAGCAGGUUGGAAAUGAACAGCAAGUUGAGAAUGAACGCGAAGUUGAGAGUGAACAGCAAGUUGAGAAUGAACGCCAAGUUCAGAGUGAACAGCAAGUUGAGAAUGAACACCAAGUUCAGGGUGAACGCCAUGUCGAAAAUGAACGCCAAGUUGAAAAUGAAAAAAGCCAGCCCGUCACUCGCUCUUCCAGUCAACUGUCCCACCUAGCCGGGGAUGUC